AUGCCCCAAUGCGGACAGGCUAAUUCAGCCUCACUUCACCAGGGCGAGGCUAAGAGAGCGCCCUGGCCUAACACUUGGAAAUAUUCUUCUUGUUUUCUUUCUUUAUCGGACUUGAGAAGAACAGAAGCGAGUUUUUUGCGAAAUUUGAUUCGAGACAUCGUCGAUGACGGCCUGAUGAGCGAAGGAGACGAUGAACGACGCGGUGGUGGUGGUGAUUCUCUGGUGAGGGAGUGGAUAUCGACCUAUGGAGAUAUGAACGAACACACGGAUGUCAGCGAGACGAGCACGUUACUGCCUACAAGCCGAGGCCCAUCUUCAUUGGCCGUACAACCAUGGCCACGACACGGCGAAGAUGGACCAGGUGAACAAAGACAAGAAGAAGAAGAACAACAACCGAAUUCCUCGAGGAGGAUGGGUCAUAUCCUCAACUGUGAGGGGUUGUUGAGGGUGGGCUUGUUGGUGGUGAUGUUGGCGAUGGUGGGAUUGGCGAUUGUGAGGGCGUUGAAGGGAAAGUUUUCGCCGGGGCUUGUUGCGGGAGGCGGGUUCAUGAUGGUGAUGUGUAUUUUGGUGAAUAAGAGGGAGCUGAGAGGGAGGUUGGUAAGUGAUUGA